AUGGACCCCAGCAACAUCUCAGUCACCCCCGACAACGGUGGCAACAGCUGCGACGACAACGGGGGCAGCUCGAUGCACACAUCAUCGUGCUGCCGCCACAUGUCGUCCUUGCCUACGGGCACUCAACUUGCUACUGCUGAUGGCAGAGGUUCCGGGUCGUCCUCGCCGUCAUCAUCCUCCACGAGCUCUAACCUCGAGUCCCAUCGCCUCCACCCCGAGGACAUGCCGUCGAAUCAAGUGCGGUGCCUCCUUCUAGUCUCCCCGACGCGCUCGCCGGCCGCGAUGGACGACGACGUGCUCAUCAUGGAUGACGUGCUUGUUGACAACGGACCCGGCUCCCCCUCCAGCGCCAGGCCCUCCGUCUCCUUCGUGGGCAACAAUGAUGGGCCCAGCAACAGGCUCUCCGUCUCCAUCAGCGACCUUGGCCUGGUCUCUUCCGGCUCUCAGGGUGCCAUCGGCACCGGGAGCAGUGGUGGCAGGCGCAGCGGCUCCAGUGGUCAGAUUCAUCCUAGGGAGGGAACUGUGACACAAGCCCAAAGGAACAUACAUUCUGAGGUGGGAUCCCAUAACCGCCGCCGGCAACAUCAGGGAGCCGGUCCCUCCAACAUCAACCAGGGGCAGGAGUUCUUCAACUCCUUCAACAACAACCGGGGGCAGGACUUCGUCAACCCCUUCAACAUCCAGCACGGACCGGCUUUCUCCAUUGACUUCCCAUACUACUAUGGGCAGCGGCUGCCUGUAGCCCCGCACUACACCUACGCUCCACCCAUGGUGGCCAUCCAUCCAGCAGAACUCUAUGGAGGGGUGCUCGACAUCAGAAGACACCCGCCAUCUGGGGUCAACAUUACCCACCCAGAUGGCACCCCGUUGCAGCUACCGCAGCGGCCGAGGGAAUCCAGGGUAAUCAUCGCGCCGCCGCCGGCACCGGAGCAGCCCGUGACGCAGCCACCGCAGCUGCCGGCACCGGAGCAGCCCGCGACACCGCCACAGCCGCCAGCACCGGAGCAUCCCGAGACGCCGCCGCCACCACCACAGGAGCUGUCUGCACCAACGUUCCGCUGGCCGCCGACCGCGGAGGAGGCCCCCGCCGUCGAAGCCGUGUUGUACGGCCCCAGCACCAGGAACAGGCUACCCGUGUUCAGGGAGAUCUGCCCCCGAUGA